GAAACACAUUGGACACGGUAGUUGCAAAUAAAAAAAAUUACUGAUUUUGGGGAGAAAGAUUUUUUAUUUGGCUAAAAAGUAAGAGGUAAAGCAGUAAGUUGAGAUAAGUUGAUUUACUCAUUCUGUACCUAUUCUUCUAUUAUACUAUCUUCUCUGCAGUAAUGUGGUGCACCUCAGCGUGUUUGCUAUCCUGAUAAAGCUGGAAUAUACAACAUAUAUUUUAUAGAAUUAAUCUGCAUUCAAUAAGGACCAGGUAAAUUAUUUUUACAAGUAGUAGAUAUAAGUAAAUUAACACACCAAAAAAGUCCAGAUCAGGGCAUCUGUAUGUUUGAGGGGGUUCCUUGAGAUAUAGAUUAUAUAUGUUAUACAUGAAUUUGUUGAUAUGAAUACCCAUUGACCUGAAACUGGACCAACAACAUUAUAAAAUGUGUUGGUUAACAUAUCCAUACUUGUUUGUUAUUUUAAACCCUAAUAAUAUAAAGUACUUGUUAGCAAAUUAGAGACGACUUGGAAAUUCAUGUAACAUUUAUGAUGUGUUUUAAAUGUUAUUACAACUGUACAAUGGAUCCAAUCAAUUUUAGUAAGGAAAUAAUUAUUUCUAUUGCAAUAUAAAAUAUUGAAGAUUAAUAUAAAUAUUUAUGACAAACUGUUCUUUUCAACACCAUGAAAAAAAUAAACAUUUCUAAACUAUUAAAAAUGUCACUAUGUGUUUUCCUUCAAUUCACACGCUGCUAUGCUUUUUUUAACACGCUUUGUUUUUAGAUCAGGAACAGUAAGUUGUAGCUUGUGCCUCAAAGAAACACGUUCGGAAUAUAAACAACACUCGACGUCCAUAUUUGGCUGGGCUACUUAGCAGUAGUCAUUUUCAUACUGUGCAUUUCUCUUACUCACUCGCAUACGUGCUCUGUAAUACCCCGCCCAUUACCAUUUGAUCGACAGCUCUGAUCUGAAGACAGCAGGGUGGCCAGUCACGCUCUUGCCAUGCAAAUGAGCCGUGCUCAGGCCGGGCGGGUGCCCAUGUGGACCAGCACCAUGCCUUGUUGUUCUGAUCUCUGAUUGGUCCGUGGGCGCCUGACUGCUCUUCAUGCGCUGCGGGCUAGGAACGUCAAAAAAACAUGGAAAAGAAAAUCGGAAUAGGACUGCCAGAGUCCCAGUCUUUGCAACAUUUUGCGACUGUGACGAGAAGAAAAUGUAUUACAAGAGAUGAGAAAGAAUCGCUUGGGGUAAUUUAAAUGAAAUGUAAUCGCAGAGAGCCUCUAGCCUUAACGGUAGUCGACACUAAAAACGCCGAGGAGCAUGAGUGAUUCCACUGCCUGAUUUUGUCUGUUGCCGUAGUAACAGGGCGGCGCAGGAAUCCGGGAGGGGCGGGUCGUAACGAGAACACGACUCGCCUUGUUGUGUGUAUUCCCGUGCUCGCAUCGCCAUCUUGUUGCGAUCCUAUUUUUUACGUAUGCGAGGAUCUACUUUCCAUUCUACCGGAUUAGAAAUUGCCCUCCUGUUUUUAAAGGGAAACACAGGACACGACCAGCUCAGACCUGCGACUGUGGAGCGUGCACACAGCGCUUCUUAGCGGACGCAAUCUACCGCCUGCUGUUUUUCUUUCUGUCCGGGGCCACCGGGUUGCCUGCCGGGACGGUUUUACGCGCAAUGAGCAUCGAUACACUUUUAGAGGCGGCCAGAUACCUGGAAUGGCAAGCCCAACAACAACUGAUAGCACGUGAGGAAGAGCAACGCAAAGGAAAAGAACUCAUCACCAGAGAGACAGAAACCAGACGUGUGGAACUUGUGACUGCAUCCUCUCAGCCCGUCAGAACCAACCAAAUUACGUGGGGCGAUGAAACUCAACGUCAACAGCAGCUUCAACCUCCUGCCCCCCCACCACCCUCUCUCCCAUCUCCCCAAGUCCCGAUUGCUGUCAUCCCGAUGGUCCCUGUUGUCACUGCCACUCCCUCCGUCCCACCCAUUCCUCUUACAACGCCAAUUGCUGCGGUGGCCACAUCUCUCAACAGCUCUCCAACAGCCAAGAACACUUCCACUCCUCCGCAGCAGCUACAGCAGCAGCUACAGCAGCAGCCGGCCUCUUGUCACCUGUUGUGUGCCCCACAGAUAAAAGUAGAAACAAGUCAGCAGCUAAUGGGUGCAAAGCCACAGCCUCAGGUUCAAAUUCAGUACCCGACAUCUAUCAGCACCAAUGGUUCUGGCCCUCACCAGACACUGGUCACUCAUCACUCCCCACCCACAACUCAGGCUCGGCCGAAUGGAGUGACAGUGGAAGACAUGAGAGCGCUGGAAGGGAAGAGAAGACCAGGAGGGUCAGUUUAUUUAGCCGGCACCAGAGAAGUUCAUAAUAAACUGGAAAAGAACAGGCGAGCACAUCUGAAAGAGAGUUUUGAGACACUAAAGAAGAACGUUCCUAAUGUUGAUGAGAAAAAGACCUCCAACCUCAGUGUCCUCCGUAGUGCUUUGCGCUACAUACAGACUCUGAAGCGCAAGGAAAAGGAGUACGAGCAUGAGAUGGAGCGUUUGGCCAGAGAGAAAAUCGCCACACAGCAGCGAUUGGCUGAGCUGAAGAACGAGCUCAGCCAGUGCAUGGACGUCAUUGAGAUCGACAGAGUCCUGCGACAGACCAUCCAGCCAGAGGAUGACCAGGCCUCUACGUCCACUGCCUCAGAAGGAGAAGACAAUUUUGAGCAAGACAUUGACGAGGAAGCCCCAGUUCCACCUGCACCUCCACCCCAGACUAAACCAAAACCUCUAAUCUUAGAAGCCAAGCCACUCCUCACCCCUCACCUGUCAAUCAAACACAACCCUAUACCCAUCACAGGAGUCUUGACCAAAUCCUCUCCCACGGGUCAUCCUCCCCCUCAGGCCAUCGCUCCUGCUCCGGUCCCGGGUCCACCACAUCCACCGCCGCCCCAUCACAUUCAGGCCUCAGCCGUGCAGGUUCAGCCCACUGUCAUCGCCCACGCCGCCGUCUCCCACCCGUCUGUCAUCCAAGCUGUCAAUCAUGCACUUCCAGCCACUCACAAACACCUAACACACAUCGCUCCAUCGCCUGGCCCCAACUCCUCCACCCCUCAGUCAAUAACAGCAGCUCCAGCUGGCACGGCCACUCACCAGCAGAUAGCCGCACAGCCCAUCGGACACAUCACGGUCCAUCCUGUGGCCCACCUGGGAGCUCCGCUUCCAUCCCACAUCCCUACUCUUUACCCCCAGACCGUCUCUGUGUCCCAGCCCACCAUGGUGGGCCACAUCACUCACACAUUCACCCAUCACACGCUGCCGCAUGUUCAGGCUAACCCUCAAGCUAACACUAAUGGAGCCCAGGUGAACAGUGCCACUGUAGUGAGUCAGGGAAGCCCGUCGUUAGGGAAACCCACAGCAGUCCUGGCUCCGCACCCUCAGCUGGUUGGACAGACGACCGUCCUUAACCCUGUCACCAUGGUUACCGUUCCAACCUUUCCUGUCAGUACACUCAAACUGGCCUGAAGGUGACAAAAGAGACUGAAGGAGCGAAACACGACAACUGUUGGAUGUCUCUGCAUUUUUCACACUCAAUCAUCAACGUCAGCGAAACUCUGACAAAAACAUCACCUGAUUUUUGGGCAACAUGUGACAAAUAUCUGUCCGGAUAUUUGGGACACAGCUCUCACAAUCUGUGAACAAUAGGCAAGAGUCAGUCGGUCCGGCCAUUGUUGAUGAAAAUAAGACUGUGACAUCUGUCUCUCUUACAACGACAGGAAUUCUGUUUUACCUUCCUUUCUGGCCUUCUCCUUUCCUCCUUUCCUUCCUUCCUCUCCUAACCUUCUACAACCAGAAGCACUAACAUAUAAGCUCAGUUCACACUCAGGCAUCAAGGAUUUACCUUAAAUAGCAGUUCACUCAACUGAGAGAAUACAAAGAAGAGACUAAUGUGUCUAUGGGCUGUGGCAGUAAUUCGUUACACGUUACCCGCGUUAUAUAUUAACAUAGUGUCUGUGUCAUGUGAGACGUUGUGGAAUCAUAUGACUGAUGUGUUUGAGAGCAGGAGGGUGAGACUGACCAUAAUCUUAGAAACAUUGUUUUUCUUUUAUGACUUUCCCCACAGUAAUAGUUUUAUCUCACUGUUAUUGGUGAUCAUUUUGGAUGCAUGUGAGUUCAGUCCUGCUGCAUUAUUUGCCUUCUGGGACUGUAACUCUGGCUGUCAAAGUCGAAUCAGUGGACAAGAGACCUCUCAUAGCAAUCAUUUAAAUUUGAGUGUCAGCGUCUUCUUGGUUACUGCAGUAAAGGAGAAACCAAGUGAGCAGAUAGUGGCGAAUGAAGUAGUUUAUUCUGUUAAAUAACUAUAGCAACCACCUGAUGUGGUUUGACCUGAAAGUAAAUUCAAUCUGAAGUGUUCUGCUACUUUUUUAUUUCUGUGAAAAGUGACCUGUAUAUUAUUAUUAUUAUUAUUAUGAAUGUUUAAAUUUUGGUCAAAAACCCCUUUCUUCCACACAAACAUUUCAUGUUUUCAUCUUUGAGAUCAGUGAUUUUCUACUGGACACCACAAACCCAACUCAAUGAAUCACAGCAGAAUGGAACAGGACAACGAUGCCCUCUGCUGCAUAGAUGAAGCCAUUGUAAAAGCUGACAGCUAAAUUUGUGGAUGUUAAAAAACUUCAACCAUAUUGCCCACAAUUUAUUUAUUAGCUUAACAGCAGAUUUGAAAGCUAUGUUCUGUAGAAGUUUUUUUAGAUUAUCAGUUACAAUAGCAGGUAUUUUCUUGUCAGCUGAUCCUACUCUUCACCUUUGGCUCACUACUACUACUUAAACAGAAUUGAAUACUAAUGGGUUUUUUUGUUUUGUUUUUUGGAUGGAAGCUGUUACAUCCUUACCUUUAAAGCCACAUCUUUCUCAGAGAUUGGUUUGAAUUGCUGCACAUUGAAUCCACUGUGAGAAAUCAUACACUGACAGGCCUUAAAGAUUACUGUGGUCUCAAUAAGUGAUUGAGAAACCAAUCACAGUUAUUAAAAACCCCUCCCAGCAUCAGUUUUGUUGUAUCAAUGAGCUGAAGCCUUGGUACAGUCCAUUCACAUGUUGUCAAGACGCCUCCAUCAACUUGGGUUAGUCCAAAAAUGUUCAAGUCUCUCGGUCAGUGACGACUGCUCUCAAAUCAUCCAGUAUCUCUUUGGUGAGUUCCCCCUGAUACAAUGUAAGGCAAUACAAAAAAUACUCCUUUAUGUUUUAGUGUUUUAGCUCCCUCUACUGCCUCACCUUGGAUUAGAGACUGAUGUCAAAACAACACAAACCUGCACAAGACCCAAUCUAAAGAGGUAAAGACAAAGAUGGCACUUUUAGUUAAAAGUAAAAUAUUAUCUUGGCAUAUCAACCUGACGGAUGUUUUGUACUGAAUGGUACAUCAAGUACAGUUCAGAUCAACAGCUGAGCAAAUGAUUUCUUUUUAUCUUCAGUCAGGGUUUUUGUUGGUGUGAAAAAUGGCACAAAACUAAUCCAUAAGUCAGACCUAGAAUUAUUCCACGCGAGGCUCAGUUUGCAUUUGUUUGAUUUUAUGUUAGCAAUAUUAUUCCAGAAGAAAAAAAUCCACUUCAGAAAUUUUACUACACGAUGCGUUGUGUGGUACACGUGUCUUUGUGCAGCACAGAACCUUAGUCCACCUGCCAGCCUAAAGAUUCUAGUCUCAGGUCUGUGUGCGUAUGUGUGUGUGUGUGAGAGAGAGAGAGUGUGAGUGUGUGGUCAUGUGCAGAUUUGCUCUGCUCUCCGCCUCUUCCGCUGUUUUCUCUGUGUUACGUCCAUAUAUGUGAGUGUACUCGGUGUUUAAUACUCUGUACUAUAGUUAAUCCUACUGUACCUUGUAGCAUGGCUGUGUGAUUUGGUUUGCCCUGUGCAUGACAGUGUGAGAGCGGGUGUGAUCAGCAGUUCAUUUGGUUUCCUAACACACAGGUGAAUUAUGGUGUGUGCCUAUACUCAGUUUUCCUGAACACUGUGACAACUCUGGCAAAACAAAUACACGUCGAGCGAAUGAAUGGAGGAGACAAAAUACUAUCAAUCGUAACUGUUUAUACCUUUACUUUUGUGAGUUGUGAUUGAGGAUUUGAGUGAAAAAGGAAAAAAAAAACAACAACAAAAAGAUGUUGCUCUUUUCUUAAUAAUAUAAUGUCUAAUAUUCAAUUUGAGUUUUGUAAUAUUUGUACGUAUGUAUGAAGUUUUUGUAAAUCUGUGAUUGUAUGCACGUUUUGGUAUAUACGAGUGUAUGUAUCUUAAAUCUGAAUGCUUGUUUAUUUGGGUUUUUGCAUGUAGACUGGCGUUUAGUUUUCUUUGUCAUGAACAUGUUUUUGUUAUUACGUUUAUUUCUGGGACCAUGUACAAUACUGUAUAACGUGGGCAGGAUCUUGGACCUCAUGUUACAUUGAUAUUAUAUAUGAAUAUAUAAGAACAUGUUUUCCCUAUGGAGAAAGUUUUAAGUUAUAUACGCCUGUACACUUUGGGCUGCCUUUUAGAUCUAAUUGUCCACUGUUUAAGAUAACAAUAAUAAUAACAAUGGAAAAAAUCAUAUUAAUGAAGAAUAAUGCUGAUGGAAUAAUAAAGAUUCUUAAUAAAUCUUAUUACAUUUACAACA